AUGCAAGUAUGCAAGCGAGCUCGGUGCGGCGUCGUCGCUGCUGCACGCCUGCACCGCCGGUUGCAACACCCUCCCCCCUUCGCUCUCGGCUUCUCACUCGCCGCCGUCUUGCCGCUAGCCUGUCUCACCUCGCGGCCGGCAGCCUUGCGCGACGCGCCGCGCUCUUUCACAUUCAAAAUUAUUCGCAAUCAUUGCAAAAACUCUCUGUGCAAUAAAAAUAUCUCAUCACUCGCUGCGUUGUCAUUUUCUUCCAAAAUUACAAAAAAUUGUAAAAUAAGAAUGGCGGAGGGUAAUGGAGAAAUAUCUUUAGAAGAAGUCUCCGGGAAGGACUCCGAUGUUGGCCGGACACCAGAUUACCCCAAACUUAUAGAAUAUGGCUUGGAUCCAAAGGUAGCAACCAAGCUCGACGAUAUUUAUAAGACUGGAAAGCUAGCGCACGCUGAGUUGGACGAGCGUGCGUUAGAUGCCUUAAAAGAAUUUCCAUCCGACGGUGCUUUAAGUGUUCUUGGACAAUUUUUAGAUUCAAAUCUCGAGCAUGUAUCUAAUAAAAGUGCUUAUUUAUGUGGAGUCAUGAAGACCUAUAGACAGAAAAGCAGAGCGGGUGUGCAGGGCGCGCCCGCGCUGUCGGCCACUGUCCCGGUCAAAGGGCCCGACGAGGACAAGAUUAAACAGAUCCUCGCGCGGACCGGGUACACGUUAGACGUGACCACAGGUCAGCGCAAGUAUGGCGGACCGCCGCCGGGCUGGGAGGGGGGCACGCCCGGCGCCGGCUGCGAGGUGUUCUGCGGCAAGAUACCCAAGGACAUGUACGAGGACGAGCUGAUCCCGCUGUUCGAGCGCUGCGGCACCAUAUGGGACCUGCGCCUCAUGAUGGACCCCAUGACGGGCGCCAACCGCGGCUACGCGUUCGUCACGUUCACCACGCGCGACGCCACGCAGCGCGCGGUGCAAGAGCUCGAUAAUCACGAAAUAAAACCAGGGAAGACUCUGAGAAUUAAGAUUAGCGUUCCGAAUCUGCGACUUUUCGUCGGCAACAUUCCCAAGUCUAAAGGCAAAGAGGAGAUACUGGAAGAGUUUGGUAAAUUAACAGCCGGCGGCGCGGCCUCAGGCCCGGGCCAUCGGCUAUUCUCCCUCCAAUUGUUCUUGCAGCUGAAUGAUUAUGAAAUUCGAAAGGGGAAAAAGAUUGGCGUUACGGUUUCCUUUAACAAUCAUCGUUUAUUCGUGGGGAAUAUCCCUAAGAAUCGAGAUCGGGACGAUUUGUUUGAGGAGCUUACUAGGCACGCACCCGGACUCGUAGAAGUAAUUAUAUAUAGUUCGCCCGAUGAUAAGAAGAAAAAUAGAGGAUUUUGUUUUUUGGAAUACGAGUCUCACAAAGCCGCGUCAUUAGCUAAGCGCAGACUCGGGACCGGUAGAAUAAAGGUAUGGGGCUGUGAUAUUAUAGUGGAUUGGGCCGAUCCUCAAGAAGAGCCCGACGAGCAAACUAUGAGUAAAGUUAAGGUGUUAUACGUCCGAAACCUGACCCAAGACAUAACAGAAGACGCACUGAAGGAAGAGUUCGACCGCUACGGCACGGUGGAGCGCGUUAAGAAGAUUAAGGAUUAUGCUUUCGUACAUUUUGAAGACCGGGAUUGUGCUGUUAAGGCGAUGCAAGAACUAGACGGCAAGGAUAUGGGCGGCGCCCGACUAGAAGUGUCGCUAGCGAAACCACCUUCCGACAAGAAGAAGAAGGAAGAGAUCCUGCGCGCUCGUGAACGUCGUAUGACACAAAUGAUAUACGGCCGUGGCGGAUUUGAUUGGUGCAGCUGCUCGCCGGUGCACGGCGCGCUGCGCGGCCGCACGCCGCAGCCGCAGCCGCGCCCGCCGCAGGCGCGCGGCGACUACGAUUAUGAUUACGAGUAUUACGGUUACGGGGAUUACCGAGGUGGCUACAAUGAGCCAUUUUACCGGUACGAUGAGUUCUAUUAUGAUUACGCGGGGCCACAACCGUCCGCCGCCCGCCAGCCUCCCAACAGAGCGCAACCGGACGAAGAAGUCGGUAUCGGGCCCAACUCGCUUUACUACGAUCUAACCGGAGGCAUUCAGGUACCCGCGCAUACGAUGCGAGAGGGGCUGGGUCAUGUGGGACACGCGCGCCCUGGGCGCGGCGCGGGGCCGCGGCUGGGGCCCGUGGUGGUGCGCGGCGCGCCGCUCGUGGCCGCCGCACGCCCAGCGCCAUGCGUGGCAACCCGCGCGCCAAGCCAAGUUUACCAGGUAAACGUAAACACGACGGGGGUCAGCAGAACGCUGGGGGGGAGAGCAAGCGGCGGCUGGGCGCGGCGGCGGCGGCGGCGCGCGGGUGGGGCGCGGGCGCGGGCAGCUAGCGCCCGCGCCGCCCGCCGCCCGCGCGCCGCGCGCGCCGCCCGCCCGCCGCGCCGCCCGCCCGCCGCGCCGCCCGCCGCGCGCCCGCGCGGGCGAGCCCCUGUCCCGGAGACACUACAAGCUGCGCAGGGGAGCCCCUCGCCCGCACGGCGCCGCCCGACGCUCACGGCGCUCCACAGCGGUCCACCACACGUUACACGUUUACGGUUACGGUUACGC